GUAAUGCGUGGCCCCUUUUCAUUCGAAGGGGCGAAGGCAGCAAAAAGCAGUUCAUAGAGAGAUGUGAGCGCUACUUAACCCUUUCCUCACCGCACAACAACACCACAAAAUCUCAUUCGUCUCUUAAGAACACAAAACAACACUCCUCUCUCUCUCUCUAACAAUGGAAGGAUCUGGUGUCGUAACAGUCUACGGCAACGGGGCCAUCACCGAAACCAAGAAGUCCCCAUUCUCCGUCAAAGUGGGCCUCGCCCAGAUGCUCCGUGGCGGAGUCAUCAUGGACGUCGUCAACGCCGACCAGGCCCGCAUCGCCGAAGAGGCCGGGGCCUGCGCCGUCAUGGCUCUUGAGCGCGUCCCCGCGGACAUCCGGGCCCAAGGCGGCGUCGCCCGCAUGAGCGACCCACAACUCAUCAAAGACAUAAAGCGGGCCGUAACCAUCCCCGUCAUGGCCAAGGCCCGCAUCGGUCACUUCGUUGAGGCCCAGAUCCUUGAAGCCAUCGGCAUCGACUACGUCGACGAGAGCGAAGUUCUCACUCCCGCCGACGACGAAAACCACAUCAACAAACACAACUUCCGCAUCCCCUUCGUCUGCGGCUGCCGCAACCUCGGCGAAGCCCUCCGCCGCAUCCGGGAAGGCGCCGCCAUGAUCCGCACCAAAGGCGAAGCCGGCACCGGCAACAUCAUUGAGGCCGUUCGUCACGUGAGGUCGGUCAUGGGCGACAUUAGGGUUCUCCGCAACAUGGACGACGACGAGGUCUUCACCUUCGCUAAGAAAAUCGCUGCUCCCUACGACCUCGUCAUGCAGACCAAGCAGCUCGGAAGGCUUCCCGUGGUUCAUUUCGCCGCCGGCGGCGUGGCCACCCCCGCCGACGCUGCCUUGAUGAUGCAGUUGGGUUGCGAUGGGGUUUUUGUUGGUUCGGGCGUUUUCAAGAGCGGUGACCCUGCGAAACGCGCUAGGGCGAUUGUUCAAGCUGUUACUCACUACAGUGACCCUGAGGUUUUGGCUGAGGUUAGCUGUGGUUUGGGUGAGGCCAUGGUUGGUCUCAAUUUGACAGACACCAAGGUUGAGAGGUUCGCCAGUCGCUCUGAAUGAUUCUUCUCCGUUUCGUCGCUUCAUCGCUAUUGAAUCUG